ACCGCACUUGUUUUGCGACUGCGGCAGUCUGAAGCUUGGAUUAGAAUAAAUACAUGUUCCCUUCACCUCAGUGUAAAAAUUGCAGGUACAGGAUUUACGGGAUGAAGUCAUUAGAAUGAAAGACGACGACACGUGUUUUUUCAUCUGCGGACCACAUGAACUGCACACGGACACGCGCCAAAGUUAAUGGAUCGAUGAUGGUUGGAGAUUAAUUUGCUUCCUCAUCAGGCGUUUGCUUUAUUUUGUGGAAUAUAUUGAGACAUGGCAAAGAUGCUGUCCAUCCUCACAAGAGUCGUGCUUUUCAAGAUACUGGCAGUUAUUGUCUUGCAAGCUGCUUCUAAUAACGGUAUCUUGGCGUCCCGCGCCUUGGUCCAAUUGGACUCAAAGGUGUUUGGCUCCCGGGGAUCCGCUGGCUCACAGCUGUCUGAGACAACAGAAGCAAAGUCCAGACAAAAGCGCUGCACCUGUUAUUCCUACAAGGAUAAAGAGUGCGUCUACUACUGCCACUUGGAUAUCAUCUGGAUCAACACCCCUGAGCGCACUGUGCCGUACGGAAUGUCGAACUACAGAGGACGUCAGCGAAAACGACGUGGUGUUCAGCCGUCCCAACACGAGGGGGCAGAGACACCGCGCUGCCGUUGUGUUGUGACCGAUGCAGACCCGGAGUGUCGUGAUUUUUGUCUGUCAAGCUUCAUACAGAUCCUCCCAACCCGAAGUCGUCAUAAAAUUCCUGGACUUGGAUGACAGUUUGAUGCACCUCCAUCUUCUUCUCUUCUUCUUCGGUGAAUGGACCCUUCAUUUCUUUCCGUUUGGCACUUUGCCUUCCCAGGUACGCACAGGGAAAGAACUUUGGAGUUUAACACUGCCGACAUUCCUCAGCAUCAUAACUCUUGGAGCAAGUGGGUUUCAGGAACUCAGAAAUUUCAGCAAAUGUGAUACAGACCACGGAGCCUAUCCCCUUUCGAUCCCAUCUGAGAGCCUCAUGAGGAGAACUUUAACCACAGCAUAAUAGCUGGUGACCUUUUGUUAUGCAAAGCUCGUUUAGACCCUCCCUUUGCGUUCAUAUGUAGUUUUAUGAACGGCCUUUGACUCAGUCUUUAAAAAAUAAUGAGAUCAUAUCAAUGUAUAUAGGAAGACGGAGGUAUUUUCACAAAAAUGCUGUAGAGGGAAAAGCGCCAGGAGGAGCUAUGUAAAGCAGGAUGAAGCCAUGAUAUUUUGAUGUUUUGCCUGAUACUUUGCCAUUAAAACACCAUUCCACAAUGGAGAAUGCCACUUGUGUUAUGAGGCAUAUUAUUGAGUUUAUGUAGCCUGUAUGGAGAGCAUUUAAUUAUAUUAUUUGUUAAAACCAUUAUUGAUGUUCAUCAAGCUUUCAUCUCAGUUCCACAGCAAACUCAGAUUAAUAACAACUUCAGAGCCAGUGAACUGCUUUAUGGUGUAUAGCUAGGAUUCAUGUAAAAAACAACUAUGCAAUGCAUCUUAUUAUAUCAUUACCCUUCAGCUAUGCAAUAAAUACAUUUAUUCAGUGUCCUCUAACAGAUUCUGAGUAAACAAACUUUGCUUAUUUAUUCUCUAAAAUGUUUGCACCUUUCAGAAUUUAGAGUAAAAGUAACAAAAAUAUUCUCACGGCAGAAAAACUGCAGUUAAUAUAAACUAAAGCCAAGUCAGAUUACGCAGACUGCUCUAGAAAAUCAAACAGGAAAAUUACAGGAGUAAAUGUUAGUGUCUGUUGCUUAAUUUAUGGAGUUUAAAAUGAGGAAGCUCUAAUAACUGACUUAUAUUAGGCCCUCGAGCUUAAACUAGCAUUACAGUGUUUUUCACAUAUUUCAUGUGUAGUCGCAGGUUUGGGAAUGCAGCUCCGGAAUUAAACUUGUCAAAAUUGGCAUCUGUGUGCAAGAAAGAUAAGACAAAGAAUGAGAGGCCGUGAACAUUAAGUAAUGUGAUAAUAUUGAUUGUGGAAAAAAAGUAGUAUUGUUAUACUUAAAGAGCUACUUUUUAAUGUGAGGAGAACAAGACCGUGUCUAUAGUUUUAUAGUUUAUAGUUUUGUUAAAGAAUCCAGUGUUGAAAGCAAGCAUAUGCCAUGAUAUGAUAUGUAACACAUUGGAUGCACAGAGUCAAAACUAUGCAUGCAUUUUCCAAAUUAUGUAUAUACUUUCAAAAAUCUCCUCACUUUGUGUUGUAUGUAUAGUGUGUGUGAAUUGUAUGUACAUUUAAAAGCUCGUAUUCCCAUUCCUUAAUCAACCGUUAAACAUAGCAGGUCAAUAAAAAAGAAGCUUACUCGAAAUAGAGGUGGGAGCCAGGAUUUCCUUUAACUGCAUGACAAAACAUCAUUAACACUGGCAGUAACAGUGGUUUACUGUAGAGAUGAAAUAACUUUUCUUCCUGUAAGACUGGUAACUUUAUAUAAUCUGUUAGCCAGUAAUAGUGACUAUUUUCAUGUUAUUUACUUGUUGUAUGCUUUUUAUUAAAACAGGUGUGACUCUUAAUCUUUGGACAAGAUAUCAGGAGAAUUUACAUGUAAAUCCUUUCAGUUAUAUAAGUGAACCUUUUUAUAUGGUGUGACAAAAUUUCACAAUUCUUUUUCACCAUUGUGUAAAUCCUGCUUUUUCUUUAAAUUCUCUUUCUGCGUAUUUGAUCCUCACGCCAUACAAAUACUUCAUUACAAAUAUACAACUGCCUCAGACUGUGUAAAUGUACAAUAAGUACCCAGACCCGGUGAAGUGAAAUUCUUUCAUCAGAAAUUGAGCUUCUCUGGUCUAGAAAAGUGGUCUGAUGUGGGGAGGUACUGAGUGCAGCACAGCUGGGUAGCCUCAGGGUUUGUUGUCUGUUGGGUGUGCAUAAGGUCAAUCACAGUGCUUUAACUCUUUUCACCAAAAAUUACUUACUUGUAGCGAUCACAUGUGCUGAGUUGAAUUUAUUAUCUACGCUCUAGCCCAACUCAUGCUCAGAUUGUGAGAUGGGAACUGCCACCACAUGUAUACAAAUAUUUUAUCUCUCUAAGCCAGUGCCCCAUUGUACAGUAUUUAAUACAUUUAAAAUCUAAAACUUGAUAUUAAUAAUUAUACAAGUUUCAUCACCUGCUUUUUUUCUUGUGCUAAAAAAAGAUGAGCAAUAAAUAAAGCCAAUACCAGGAGUUACAAUGUUUUUCAGCAGAUACUGUGAGAAGCUGAUAUAAGCUGUGGUUUGUGAUGCUUUCUUUCAAUCUUGGAUCUUGGAAUAACAAAGUUAUCCAGAUAAUGGUAUAAUGUCCUUGUAAUCUAUGCAAAAGAAAAUAUUUCUCCAUGUGCUCACGAGAUAACUUUCUAAUUAAUUUGAGUCUUUGUUUUCUCAAGAACAGGAGGAAAAUGUAUUUUCAUUAUAAGAAAACAUGUUGGCUCUCCUGAGAUUGUGAGAUAAUUUGCCUUGUGAUAACAUAUUUUUAAAAAUCGCGACCAUGGUCACUUUUUGCUGUUGUUGUUGUUUUUACAUUUUUGUUUUACAUUUUAUCCAUUAAGGCGUUAUUUUGUUUGAAAUUUCUCUCACACAACACCUUCCCCUUGUAGACAGACUGAGGUCAUAUGGACCCUCUGAAACACUAAUACCACCUAUCGUCUUGGAAUGUCACUCUAAGUCCACCCUAAAUAAGCCUACCCUGGAGCCUCAGUGUAAACCUACAGUGAGCAAGGUCUUAUUCCCACAGUAUACCAUGGGAAAUAUUUCCGAGCAGACAUCCUGACUAUUCAACAGCAGGUUCAGGGCCCCUGUGUGGCUUACAGUUUGCUGUUUAUGUUCUGGGUCAUUAAAUAAAUGAGCCCGGUGUGUCAUAGAGUGAACUUACCGGUCCUAAUCACUGAUAAUAAAGAUUGCUCCUUUCACAACAGAUUAUCCAGAUAUGAUAAAAUCAUCAAGAUGCUUAAUUACAUUUAUUGUUUGUUUAUGUUCAAUUUAUUUUGAUCAUGUAAACAACAUACAGAAGAUCAUUAAGGAAAGAAAAGAAAAAAGAAAUACUUCACAAAAUCCACGUCAAUAUUGCUUCACCUAUUCUGAUUCAGUUACAUAUAGAAAAGUACAGCAUCUUAACAAAUAUGAUAUGACAAUUAUGAUAUUAUGUUGCUCAAAUGCACACUACCUGAGUCUAAUGGAGCCCACCUUCUACAUCGAACAUGAUAUUUGUUGUCAUUUUACAGUUGUUUGUAAACAAAAUGUAAUGUUUUGUGAUGUGAAUAUGCAUUAAAGUCUUUUAUGCUUUGAUUAAAUAAUAA